AUAUAAGCAAUCGCUCUAAAUUGAUCACACAUCCUUCAAAGUUUGUUGUCGUUUGAAAUUAUUUUUUGGAUUUUGAAUGAAAAGAGUUUUGAAAAAUUUUCUGUUGAAAGACAACUCCUUUCAAAUAGGACGCAAAUGGAUCGAAAAAGUCAAAAUUUGGAGUUCACACAAAAGUUAAGUGCAAAAGCAGAGGAAUGUCUGGAGCGCCGUUCCCAUCCGUAUUUCACAUUGUCACGGCAAACGUGUGCCUCCGGCGGUGAUAUGGUAACCGCAUCCGAUGGCUUACAUUGUAAUUCGAAAAAUUCAAGUUACCAAAAUUUAAGUUUCAAGAGUGACCAGUCGGAGGAGCAAUUCGAAGAUGCCAUACAAAAUGUUGAUGGAGAAACCGUAAAGGCAACCACAAGCGAUAUGAGUAACUCUCUGGAAAUGAGAUCGUCAUAUCAUCACGCUACCGGCAAGCGAAAAUCGAAGCAUUCCGAAGUCGGUUCGAAGUUAAAAGCUGAACUAUCCAAGUACAAGAAGGAGCUGAAGGAGUAUAAUAACACCACCAAAGAUUUGGAAGAGAAGUAUAUGAAGAUCAAUUUCGAAUUGAAUGAGAUGCAGCAGAAACAUGAUCGGUUUGUAGCGAACCGCAAGUGUUCCAAGGGCACGGAUGUCUACUCGGACAGCAGCAGCAGUACUGGUUCAGAGUUCUCGUUGAAACGAAAAUACACCCAAAUUUUUCAUCGAGGUAGCAGUUUCAUGACAGUGCUGCCACCCGGUUGCACGACAUCAAAUGAAAAUUUGGAAACUGAAUAUAACAUGCCCGAGCAGGAAGUAACAGUUAGUCGACGGAAACGUAAACUCUCAUCAACCUCUGAAUAUUCAAGUCUGCGACAGCAGAACGGUCAAUUGAUCCAACAGAAACGGCACAUAAAACGCAAGUCGGAGAACAAAGAGAACGAAGUGCCAAACGACACGGAGAAGUACAGCUCCCGUGCGCAUACGGCCGGCUUGAAGGACAUCUACAAGGUACUCAAAAAUGUAUUGGACAAUAAUCAGAAAUCACAUGGACUAAGCAAAACCGCUGACCUCAAGGAACUGCAAACGAUCAUUAUGAAUCUACAGACGGAGCAGUCGCAGUUUCGUAGCAUAAUACAGCAACAACAAAACUGUUUACAAGACUACCAUACGCGCUGCAUCAAGGCGCAGCACAUCAUGCAGACACAGCAAAUCGAAAUUGAGAAGCUCAACUCAAAUAACCACCAACUCGAGACCGAAAUCAGCACCGGCAUCGAUCAGCUGCGCCAGAAGAUCGAUUCUAAACUGCGCGACGUUUCACAUCUGCCACAAAUCGUGCGCGAGGAGCAGUCCAAAUACGAAAAGGUACACAAAGAGAAUAAUAUGCUGAACGAACGUGUGCGUAUACUGCAGAACGAGGCGAGCCAGUUAAAAUUGAAAAUGGACGAGCUGGCGCGUCGCAAGGUGAUGACCAUUAAUCGUCUGAAAGCGGCGGAACGCGAUUUGAAGAUCUUCAAAAACUACAACACAGCGCUGAAACACGAGAAACGUAAACUGGCUGAGGAGAUGCAAAAGCAGAAGGAGCAGCUCGAUGGUGUUCAGAAUGCGAGCAAACGUACAUUGGCCCGCCAGCGUGAACAGACAGAGAAGCAACGACGUGACCUGCAAAAGCGUGUCUUCGAGCUUGAAUUAAAGCUGAGUCGUAGUCAAAAUUCAACGACGAGCCUAAUUCAAGAGCGAGACAGUCUGAUUGCGGAGUUACAGACGCAGCUAAACACGCUGGUGCACAACUUUGAGGUGUCGCAGAAGCACAUACGUGUGCUGAGGCGUCACAUCUACUCCAUGUCUGGCGGUAAUGUGCGUUGUCCGAAUUUGUUGAGCGAGAAUAUGUGAGGUGAUUUUAACUGGGUUGGGUGAGCAGUGUAAUAUUUUCAACAUUAAAAAUCAAAAGAUCAUCGUGGCCGCUACUUUUUUUCAAAGGAUAGUGCAGCGUUUUUUUACGAUCACCCAAGACUAUUUGGAACACGUAGUGCUCGGGAAGGCUUCGUCGAUUUCACGAUUGUCAUUCACACUAUGUGCUUCAGUUUCUUGUAGGCGGACGCUUAGGAACCGGCGCUCAUUGGUAAUACGAAUAAUUGCUUCGUUUGAUAGCCUAGGUAUACUGUUUCAAAUUUAUAGUAAAGUCAUAAAAUAGCAAAAUGAAUCUUCUUUUUGUGUGUAAAUUUUAAAAUAAAUGUCCAAAAAUUUCUUCUACGC